AUGGCAAGGCAUGGACGGGCGAGUGAGUGGGAGGAGGAGCGCAUUGGGAAUGAUUGUGCUCGUGCUGCUCCCUGUCUGUCUACCCCUCAUCCUUCCCCCAGAGAGUGCAGUGACGGAGGUGGCAAGGAUGCUGGUGGAGCGAGUGCGGUGACGGAGAUGGCAAGGAUGCUGGUGGAGCGAUACGACAAGACGUGGACGGGCGAGGGCGCAGAGGAGAAGAGUGCGGUGACGGAGGUGGCAAGGAUACUGGUGGAGCGAUACGGCAAGACGUGGACGGGCGAAGGCGCGGAGGAUCGAAUUGGCAAGCACGUGUCUGUCCAU